CACGGACCCCGGCCCGGCCCGAGCUCCCCGGCCUCGGCAGCUCCCGCACCCCGCCGCGGGGCCCGCGGCAGCACACGGAGAGGCACGGCCCCCUUCACGCACUGCCCGAGGAGAUCCGCAAGAUGUCCCGGGACGAGACGGUGUGUAAAUACUGCGGGGUCAGCUACUUGAUCCUCCACGAGUUUAAGGUGAUGGAGGAGAAAGUCAAAGCCAUGGAGAAGGAGGUGAAGUUUUAUGAGGGAAGCGUGGAACGGGAGCAGAGGCUUCAGGCUGAGCUACAGGCCCUGUACCGAGACCUGGAGCGCUACCGAGCGGCCAGUGAGUCCAAGACUGAAAGAAUAAAAAACCUGACAAUGGAGCUGAAAAACAAACAAGAGGAGUUUAAAAAUGUGAAAGCUGAUUUGCAGUAUUUCCAGGAGGAGAAGGAAGCUGCCUACAAACAAUCCCAGGUGCUCAGAAGUACCUUGGAACACCACUGCUCAACUCUGAACAAGGCUGUGUCCCUGUUCCCUUUCAUCAGGAGUGAGCUGGACAGCAUUAAAGAGGUCAUCUCCACCAACCUGGAGAACUGGGCUGCCAUGAAAGAGGAAAUUUCUCUGCAGAUAAAAACCGUGAGCAAAGAAGCUCUGACAGAAAUACCCAAAUUGAAUCAAAGAUUGGCAAAAUCCCAGAGGGAGAACGAAUGUCUGCAGGAGAAGGUCAAACACCUGACAGGGGUGGCCGACACAGUCGAGCUGAAAACCCAACAGCUCCAAACUUCCCUCCAGCAAGGGAAUGAACUCCAGAGCAGGUGCCGGGAACUGCAGAAGGAGACACUGGAUUUAACAAACCAAGUGGAGACCACGGGGCUGCAGCUGCAGAAGGUGACGGCCGAGCUGGAGCACUACAAGAAGCUGCUGAUGGUGAAAUCAACAGAACUUGAAGUCUGUCAGAAUGAACUGAAAAAGAUGAAAUAUGAAAAUGGGAUUUCUGAGUCCAGGCUUACCAAAGAGCUCAAGGAAAAGGAGGAAUCCCUUCUGAUUUGCCAACAGGUCUGCAAACAUUUACAGGAGGAAGUGGCUGAGAAGGAGAGGAAAGAAGAGGACCUGAAGAGAAGGACUGGGCGAUCAGAGAGUGAACUGGAGACCCUGAAAACUCUGCUGAGCCAGACGGAGGAGGAGGUGGUGAUGCUCAAACAGGAGAGGGAGCUGAUGGUGGUUUCCCACCAGACCAGGACGGAGCAGCUGCAGGAAGCGCUGAGGCAGAAGAUGAGGAGUGAGGAGACCUGGAGGGAGAAGCUGGAAAUGGAUCUGGCCAAGGGAGAGGCUCGGCAGAAAGAGGCGAUUCUGAAAGUCAAGGAGGAGGCCAGGGUGGAGCUGGACCUGGAGAGGCAGAAACAGCAGGAACUGAUCACAAAGUACCAGCGAGACCACGAGGAGCUGCAGAAGAAGAUACCAGGUUUAAUAUCCAGUGCCACCAAGAGCUUACGGAUGGAGACAGAAAUCCUUGAGAAGAAGCUCCAGGAUGCCCAGAUGAAACUUGCAGAGAAGGAUGGAGACAAGGAGAAGGAAAUCCAGAGCCUUAAAAGACUGAUCAGUGAACUCGAAUUUCAGCUGACGAUGGAGAAGAGCAACAAUGAAUCAUUCCUGGACAAACUGAGGAAAGAAAUGAAACACAAGUCAGAUGAACUGGAAAAAUUAACCCAGGAGAGGACACAGCUGAUUCACAGCUUGAGUCAAGUCCAGGAGGAGAAUUCCCUGCUGCAGGAGACGGUGCGCCGGGAGUGCGAGGAGCGCUGCGGGCUGACGGCCGCGCUCAGCAGGGCCCGCGAGCAGGUGCUGGAGCUGCGGAGGCUCAGCGGGACCUUCCCGGGGCCGCCCUGGCCCCGCUCCCGGGGCAGCCCCGGCGCCGCCAGGGACCUGCGGCUCUCCCUGGGCACGGCCAGAGCCGCCAAGGGAGCCGCUCCCGGCCGGCACAGCCCGGCAGCGUCAUCGGCGGGGCCCAGCCCGCCCCACGCACCCAGGGGAAGGGCGGCCUCGCUCCCCGAGCCCAGGAGCAGGAGCAUUCCCGGGAUAACCCGCCGGCCCAGCCAGCUCUGACACCUCCACAGCCUGGGAAACAGCCCAGGCCUUCGAAGGACCCUUGGCUUAUGGACACCGGGGGCAAAUCUCUGCCAGUGCAAUCCAUCCAUUUCUACAACCCGAAAUUCACUUAAAUUUGUAUUUAUUUCUGCUGCAAUAACGUUUGUUUGUCCGUGGAUUUAUUAAUCGUGUAAUGAAAUGCUGUUUACGUUUCAAGAGGAGAAGAGGAACAGAAGAGUGUCCCCAAAAGGGACUCGUCUUCAGAGGUGGAAUUAAAACCAUGGAAUCCCAGAAGGUCUGGGUUGGAGGGGACCUUAAAGCUCAUCCAGUUCCAAUCCCCUGCCAUGGGCAGGGAAUGAUGGCCAAUCCUCCUAGAAUCCAGGUUGGAUGGCUCAGAGCAACCUGGGCUAGUGGAAGGUGUCCCUGCCCAUGGCAGGGCAUGGAAUGAGAUGAGCUUUGAGCUCCUUCCAGCCCAGGCCAGUCUGUGAUUCCAUGGUUUAAAAUCCAGGCUCUAUCCACCAACUCCCUGUUUCUGUCCUGUGGCCCCAGCCUUGGUAAAGUCUGUGUGGCCAGAGAGGAAUGCAUGGAGAGUGAGGGGAGAGACACAGGACAGUGUUUGAAACACGAGGGAAGGUCUAAACCCUGGAUCCAAACCAAGUGGAGAAAAACAUUUCCCUUCUCCCCCUCCCUCCCAGGAAGCUGCUCAGCAAAGAGCAAAACACAUCAAUGCCAGGAGCCCUCUUUGCCUGGCUUGUAAAACCAGCUCCAGGAAUGUCCCCGUGGCAAGGAGAGUUCCCAUCCCCUGGCUCUGUCCUGGGAUAAAAGGCAGCAGCACAGGGUGCCCCUGCCCAGCUCAUCAGAGCACUGGAUUUGAGGAAAUCCAGCUUCCUGCAGGGAAUAUUUCUCGCAGGAGUGGUGGCAGAGACCUUGCCCUCCAGGACUCCUGGCAUGAGGGAGCACCAAACAAAUCUCCAGGCUUGGAGCAGAUCUGCCAUGGCAGCAUUCCAGCCCUUCCCUUGGAGAAAACAUCCCCUGGCACCAGGGGGUCUGCCCUUCCCUGAUGGAGAGGCCUCUCUUUGCCCCUGGCAGAGCUGCUGCUGUUGCCUGAUGAGGAGCAGGAGCUCCUCCAGUCCUAAACCUUUCCCUAAAGGGUUAAUCCCACCCUGCCAGGCCUGGUUCCUCUGGCAGGGUCGGUGGGGCUGGUUUGGAGCUCCCUGUGUGGCAUCAAACCUCACCCAUGGCUUGGCCAAACCUCUCCUGGGCCCAAACCCAUCCCUAUUAAAGCCCCCAGGAGGGUGGAGCCGGGUGGGAUCAGCCUCUUCUCCCAGAUGAGGAGUGCCAGCACAGGGGGAUUCCAAGCAGUCAGUCAGGGCCUCAUGGGGCCAAUUUUCCACUGAAAGUUGCCCAUAAAAAGAAUUUAAUGUUCCCCACAGGAGUCCAGCCCAUGGCUGGUCCUGCUGCUCCUUCAACAGGCAAUCAUUUUAUCACUUACCAUACAUCCCACAGAUGUGCUUCCCACGUGUGUCCAGCGCUCAUUCCCACUGGGAAAUCCCAAACCAAAGUGUUGAUGUGCCUCAUGGAUUAAAGAUGACGAACAGCCCUUGCUCUGAGGUGCUGUAGGAUCUGGGAUCCAGCCUGUGCCUUGCAGGUGGAGUUUUUCCACAAAAGAAGAAAUUAGACUGCAGGAAAAAAAAAAGGCAUCUUAAUUUUCCUCAGCAGCAUCAAAAGUGCAUGAAAUAGAAAUUGUAGCCAGUUGAUGCCACGUAUCAUUAAAUAUAUUAACCAGAAUAAAAGACAGACUGACUUUCUUUGCACUGUGUGUUUUUAAUACCAAAAAAAAAAAGCAGAAG